AUGGAGCUUGUUAAUCGCGACGCUUCUCUUAAGGUGAAGGUGAUCAUCACUCAUGUUGCAGAAAAAUACAGGUACAUAAUAUCGUACAAAAAGGCAUGGAUUGCAAAGUGUAAGGCAAUAGAAUCGAUAUAUGGAAAUUGGGAGACAUCUUACAAUGACCUUCUGCAAUGGAUGCUGGUUGACAGAACAUGGUUGUAUGGCAAGUAUAGAGGGACUCUGUUGAUGGUUGUGACACAAGAUGGGAACGGGAACAUUUUCUCAAUAGCUUUCGCAUUAGUUGAAGGUGAUACAAAGGAUGCUUGGAGUUUCUUUCUUGGGAAUUUGAGAAUACACGUUACUCCACAAGCAAAUUUGUGUCUUAUAUCAGACAGACAUGAAUCGAUAAAUAGUGCAUAUAACAAUCCUGAAAAUGGAUGGCAAUAUCCUCCAUCUUCACACGUCUAUUGCAUUAGACACGUUGCACAAAACUUCAUGCGUGAGAUUAAAGACAAGGAACUAUGCAAAAAAGUUGUUAACAUGGGUUAUGCGUUGACAGAGGCGACAUUUAACUACUAUCGCGGGGAAAUCUGGAGAAUAAACAAUGACACUUUAUCAUGGAUAGACAACAUCCCUCGAGAGAAGUGGGCAAUGGCAUAUGACGGAGGGCAACGCUGGGGUCACAUGACAACUAAUCUAGAAGAAGCAGUGAACUUGGUACUCAAAGAAACCCAAAACCUUCCAAUCACUGCAUUGGUCCAAUCUACGUACUAUCGGUUAGGAUCACUCUUUGGUAAAAAAAGGCCAUCAGUGGACAAAAAUGUUGGCCUCUGGCCAAGUUUUCACUGA